UCAGUGAAUCCUAGUGACAGAGCACGGGCUUGGCUUUUGGCAUUUUUUCAACAUUGCGCAACUAGAGAGUUGGCUGAAGGGAAUUUGCUAGGUUGCUGUAGGAGGGGAGCCGCGAUGAUGGAGCACCGCCGGAGUUCCAAGAGGAAAUGCGAAUGGAUGCUGUUUGCAGCAACGGUGCUUUCCGCAUUCACUCUUGCGCAAUGUAUCCCAAUGAAUAGGACGUUCACGACAGACGUGCUAACGCUGAACCAGCUCAAGAGCUCCUUCCAGUCGAGCGUCGGCGCGCUCAGUUCGUGGAAGGGGUCGCACCCCUGCGCCGCGGGGCCCGCCAAGUGGAGGGGCAUCGGCUGCCUCAACGACCUCAAAAAGCGCAUCGCCUACGUCGCCAAGAUCGAUCUGCGAGGGUUGGGGCUGCAGGGGACCAUUCCCAGAGCCAUCGGCAACUUCAAGAACCUCCGAUCCCUCGACCUGUCGAACAACAGUCUGUCGGGCAAGCUGCCCCUCGAGAUGGCCAAGAUGAUGAGCCUCAAGACCCUCAUUCUGGACAACAACCAGUUCACGGGGAACGUCAGGGGGCUCAUCGGCAUCCCCAACCUCAAGAUCCUGUCGCUGGCUAACAACCAGCUGUUCGGGCGGCUGCGCGACGUGCUGCUGGAUCUGGUGAUGCUGGAGCACGUGGUGCUCAGCCGCAACAAUUUCAAGGGGGCGCUGCCGCGCACCAUCCACCUCAGAAACCUCAAAGUCUUCGACCUGUCGCACAACCAGCUGUUCGGCAACCUUCCAUUCGGCCUGCGCCGCUCCAAGCAGCUGCAGAAGCUCGAUCUGAGCUUCAACAACUUCACGGGCGUCAUCCCGCCCAUCUGGGGCUCGCUCAAGAGCCUCCAGCAGCUCUUCCUCAAUGACAACUUGCUCAACGGCUCGCUGCCAAAGGCACUUGCGGACUGCAGCAGCCUUGUAACGCUUGAGCUGCAGAACAACAGGCUGUCAGGCCCGGUGCCUCCGCGGUUCGCGAACCUGCCCAAGCUAAAGGAGCUCUUCCUAAUGAACAACAACUUCUCUGGCAUGAUGGGGAAGGCCUACGUCGACCACGGCAUCCUGUUCCGCAUUAACGGCAACCGCCACCUGUGCGUGGACUUGGACAGCAACGGCCGCUGCGACCCCGACAACCAAUCCAACCCCAACGCCCCUGGCAAACCCAACCUCCCCUCCACCCCCACCGAGCCCGCCCAGCCACCACCAUCCCAGGGGCAGGGCGGCGAGGGGCAGGGCGAGGGGAACACACCCCGGGGAGAGGUGGGAGGGGCGGGAGAAGCCGGGGGUGAGGCAGGUGGCGGUGCAGGAGCAGCGGCGGCGGUGUGCGCGGCGGGGCAGGCAGAGAGCUGCGAAUGCGCGGACGGGCAGACAGGCGAGAAGAAGUGCCUCGACGACGGCACCGGCUAUGGGGAGUGCGUGUGCGCCGCCGCCGCCCCGCCACCGUCGGGCGGGUCGUCGUCGUGGAAGUGGCUGAUAGCGCUGCUGGUGCUGGUGCUGAUCGCGCUGCUGGCUGUGGCGGGGUACUGGGCGGUGAAGUCGGGGUUCAUCGGCAAGAGCAAGGGCGCGGGGUGGGAGUACGUGGGGCGCGUGAAGGCGUUCCCCGACAUGAAGGCGUACCGCUCGCACGCCUACGACCCCGACGACCUCGACGGCUACGGCGUCCCCGCCUUCGACUCCCUGCCCAAACACCCCUCCGAUGGCGCCGCCGCCGCCGCCAAGCCAGGCGCGGCGAAGCUGACGCUGACGCGGUUUUCGUUGGAGGAGCUGCAGCUGGCGACCAACAACUUCAACGUAGAGAACGUCAUCAGCACGGACGGCGUGUGUCGCACGCUCAGCGGCGUGCUGCCGUCGGGGCUGUAUGUGGCGGUCAAGGAGAUGGACCCGCUCGCACACGAGUCGCCCGAUGCCUUCGUGGCGGCGGCUGAGAUGUUCAGCGGCGUGCGCUGCCCGCAGCUCGUGGAGGUGCUGGGCGUGUGCGCGGACCGCAACAGCGGCGGGCGGCGCCACCACUUGCUGGUGUACGAGCUGGUGCCCAAUGGCAGCCUCGACAUGCACCUCCAUGACCUGGAGCCGGGGACGCUGCCGCUGGACUGGACGACGCGCAUGUGCAUCUGCCUAGACGUGGGCAAGGGGCUGGCGUACCUGCACUCGCUGCACCCGCAGCUCAUGCACGAGGGGCUGCAGGCCACGUGCGUCGUGCUGGACGACCACUUCCACGCCAAGCUCGCCGACUACUGCCUCCCCACCCUCGCCGCCAACAGCUCCGGCGGCUCCGCUGCCGCGCGCACCUCUGCACUCACGCACUCCGUCAACAUGGCGGUGGCGGCGGGCACGGCAGCGCCGGAGCUGGCAUGGGCGUCGGAGAUGACCCCGCGCGUGGACGUGUAUGCCUUUGGCGUGCUGCUGCUCCAACUCAUCACCGGCCGCCGCCCCGUCGACAACACCCGGCCGCCCAACGAGCAGAGCCUCGUGCACUGGGCAAAGUCACGGCUGUCGCAGCGGUCGCUGGUGGAGGCGAUGGUGGACGAGAAGCUGCACGGGUCCAUCUCCACUGCUGCGCUGUACCAGGUGGCCAUGCUCGCCUCGCAGUGCAUCCACUCCGACCCCGAGGCACGCCCCACCAUGGCCCAGGCCGUGGAGAUGCUCGCCAAGGUGCAGAACCUGCCCCUCGACUCCGCCUCCUCCCGACAGACUGUGGCAUACCACAAGGGCCCCGCCACGUACAACAAGAACGUGUGAGGUGGUCCCAGCACCCCGCUGCUGCUGCUACCACGAGAGCAGCUGAGACAGCAGUGGCAGAAUGGGAGGCAGUGAGCAGUGGCAGAUCCACCGACAUGUCUGCUGUUGGUGGCCUCCAUACCUGCCUCUCACUCGCCUGUCCAGCACUGAGGCUUAUCCAUGUCCCGCUGGGGAGGGCCAUACCCACCCCAUCCACUCCAUCCAUGUUAUCACAUUCCUCUGCUGCGCGCUGCUGCCGCGCCCUGGAUGCAUGGCACUGCUGUGCCUGCAGCAGGGAGAGCCAGUGCUGCACUUGCAUUACGCCAUCUAUGUAUUUUGGGGUAGUACCACGAUGCCUGGUAUUAGACUGAGGUCAGUGGCCAUAACGCACAUCAGGGGAGCUAGGGUUGUUGUACCUGAUCUGUGUCCUGUGCUUGUAGUCUAGGCAUGUUACCUGGAGAACUAGUGGGCUACUUAUUUGAUCAAGGGGAAGGUGCUUUGAACAGAUGGCUGGGCGCAGAGUAGGUCAUGGAACAUGCCUGCAGACUAGCGUACACAUGCACAUGGCCUUGUUUGAAGGCACAAUAAUCAGAAACGCCAACU